AUCAUAAGUGACAUUUGAAUCUGAUGGAUCCAUUAUCGCGUAUUGUUGAAGACAAUAACAUCUUAACAAACAAUUUGUAAAAAUAUUGUGUUUAGACUUUCAUUCUUUAGUUAAAAUCAUUAUUUCUACAAGUAUUUUAUUCUGAGAAUAUUCUCAAUAGUUCGUUUGUUUUUAAAAUUGGAAGUUAGUCGAAGAACAUUAGGAAGAAUUAGUUAUAUCUUUUUUGUGCUAGUAGUUCCUACAAGGUUUUGUGCAUAUAAAUCAAAAAACUUUUUUAUUUUCGUUAUGCUUGAAUGUAAUUUACUCCAAAGGUAACAUGGCGAAUUUAAAUUUCACAAGGAACAUUGGAGGAGGCAAUAUUGGCAGAACAAGUGUUAGUUUUGGUAGUAAUUCUAUGUCAGGACAUGUUACCCCAGUGUUUGGACAAAGAGCACCUUCGGAAAGGAGAAACUUAGCUUCAAUGGGAAAUUCUAAUCAAAUGGGUCACAUGAGUACCUUAGGAGGUUAUAGUUCCUUUAAUUCCGUUUUUGGUUCUGGUGAUACGAACACUCCAUCUCUCUUAGACCUUAGCGAAUUUCCUUCAUUAACAAACAGAAAUUCUGGUGAUAACGUUCCCCAACCAAGUCCGAUGCCUGGUGGUAAACCCUAUGUAGGUAUGGUGAAGCAACCCACUUCGGAAGCGAGUGAGUUCACCAUGUCAUCUGAAGACUUUCCUGCCUUACCUGGUACACAAAAUAGAGAAGGUGCAUCUCCUGGCAGUAAUACCUCAGGGGAUAAAGGAGUGAGUAGUGGUGCAGGAGAUGGUGUUAAUUCGAAAGAAGGAGAUAAAAGCGGGUCAAAAUCAGGUAUCCAAACAUCACCCGAUGGUAGAGUAACGAAUAUUCCAGGAAGUAUGGUUAACGAUCAAUUCGGUAUAGUCGGCUUAUUAACCUUUAUCAGGGCAGCUGAGACUGAUCCAAAUCUUGUGUCACUAGCGCUGGGCCAAGAUUUAACUGCGCUAGGACUGAAUCUCAAUUCACCCGACAAUUUGUAUCCCACUUUCGCUGGACCCUGGGCGGAGCACCCAUGCCGGCCGCAAGAUAUAGAUUUUCACGUACCUCCUGAAUAUCUUAUAAAUCACGCGAUAAGGGAUAAGCUGGCGUCGAUGCAAUUAAGUCGAUAUAAAGAUGACUUGUUAUUUUUUAUGUUUUACAAUAAUGUCGGUGAUGUACUUCAAAUAGCAGCUGCCUCCGAACUCUACAGUCGACAGUGGAGGUAUCACACAGAGGAAAAAGUUUGGAUAAUGCAAGUACCAGGGAUGGUUUUAAUGGAAAAGACAUCGACGUACGAACGGGGGACUUACUACUUUUUCGAUGCCCAAAAUUGGCGAAAAGUCGCGAAAGAAUUCUACUUGGAUUAUAGUAAACUUGAAGGCCGACCAGUCAUGAAUCAAAGCUUACAUCAUAAUUCAUGAAAGUCCUUAACCAUGACACCACCUGUAUGACUAUGAAUAAAUGAAAAGUGUAUAAAUAUUUUUCAAAAAGAUCUGGUUCCUUCCUAAGGUAUUAUGAAUGCACUUUCAAAAUAGUCAAAGGAUGACACAUUUGGUUAGGAAACUAGUCAAAAGUGUAGUUGGCAAUAUAAAAAUUAUAAUUUAUUCUAUAAGUUUAUUUUCUUUAUAUUGAUUUUUUUACAAAAUCCUUAUUAUUGUAAAUUGAAGAUGAAAUUUUUAAUACAAUUAUAUACCAUUUCUUUAUAUGAAGACAUUUUUGAUGAUUUCAAAGUCUUUUUUAUUAAUAAUAGAGUAUGUCGGCGGUAAAACUGUAAUGGCAUUAAAAUUUCAAAUAGAACUGAGCUUUUGGAAAGUAUGUUCAUGUUUUGUCAGGAUAAGACAGUUCUACAAAGAACAACAUAUAUGGUUGAAAUUUGUAUUUUAAGACGUUUUGACUUUCACUUUGUACCAUUAUCGAGAAGAAAUUACAAAUUUUGAACUCCUGCUUACCCCGCACUGGAGGAUUAUUUGUUGCGUGAAGUAGUCAUAUUCAGAUGCCAGAAGUGGAACACUUCCUAGAUUAAUUGACACAAGGUAAUUGUCUCUGACUAAAAAAAAAGAUUUAACCUCUUUCUAAUAUUUUUCAAAUAAAAUUUCCAUGAUCAAAUUAUUAAAAUUCACAUAAAAAUUUUUAGUUAAAACUUUGAUACUAUUUAUUUCUAUAUCACAAAUGCUACGAAUCCUAUAACAGUUUUGAAAAAGUGGUUAAGGAUCAAAAACAAGAAUUGUUAGUUACUUCAUAAGGUAUUUCAUUACAAAAAACAGUAAUUGUAACUGUCGUAUUUAACAAAUUCAUUUUAAUUUGAAUGGACAACUGGUUUAAAAACGUUACUGAAUUCAUAAAAGCUCGAAAAAUAGGUAUUAAAAGAUUCUUUUCUACAUGUCAGAAUGCAAAAAAUUUUUCACUUAUUUGGCCCAAUUCGAGAAAAAAUUGAUAUAAACUCAUUGAGAAUGAGUUUAAUGAAUCCAAUAAAUUGGUUUUCUAUAUUUGCUGUUCAAAUUUGUUUUAGAAGAUAACCUUCGGUGCUUAUGCGACAUUGAAUCCCUUGCCAUCGAAUUAUAUUCUCAUGGUUCAGAAUAUGAUCACAGAUUUGAUUUAUUUCUCAGUUUAUUCGAAUUUUAGAAUGUUAUAAGAAGUAGUUUUUUAUUAUAUUUUGAAAAAAUUAAACAGAAUAUGGCAUACAAUAUUAAGAACUUUAGUAAUUUCUCUGGUAAUUUAUUGGAUAUUUAAUCACAUAUAACUGUCAGUAAAUAGGCACCAAAAAAAUGUGUUUUCGAGUGACUAAAAUAUCGAUAUUCUAACUUUCAAAACCAUACUUAAACAAUUCUUAUUGCCUACGUGCAACUAAAAACUCGAGAACAAAAGAGAGUGUAACAAUACUAUACUUGUUCAGAGGUUUAAAAAAAUUCUCAUUAUAUUCUUUCGUGUCUGAAAUAUUUUUGAGUAUGACAAUCGCAAUUGAUCCAUUCCGUCUGAUUAUUUGGUAUAUUCUACGGUGUGAAGAAGUAGUAAGGUGUGUUACAAUACAAUACAUCACAAAAACAAGAUACAAUUCACAAACAAUAAUGUGGCGUUUUGGAAGAAGCAUAGAACUGGACGAAAUGACGAAAUUUAUGUACAAAGAGAACACCUCAUAUUUGUUCAUUAUUUUUAUAUUUUUAUUAUUUCUCUUUCAAAGAAAUGUAUUAUAUAUAUACACACACACACCCACCCAUAUAUAUAUAUAUAUAUAUAUAUAUAUAUAUAUAUAUAUAUA